GGAAAGUGGGCGUGGCGUAAAAAGUUUGCGAAGCCCGAAAGUGAAUGAGUGACAGUUCAUCCAUCCUCCGCUUUACCAGAGCGCAUGGGGCAUCCGCUAGGAACCGCGCGGAAUUACCAGAUGCAAACUUUCACAGACUAACAAUGAAUUUAAAAUACAUAUUCCAACCCACACAUGGACUCUCUGUUUGUUUCAUUUCAUUACUAUUUUUAAAAAUCAGACCUUUUUUUGUGCGCCAUGCACUGUGAAUGCGGGCAAAUGACGCAGGUUAUACUUGAACUACUUUAACAUGUGACCAAAAGUGGAUUAAGGAUUUAGAAGAUGAUCUUGAGGAGGCUGUUACAUCCACUGCCCGUCUUCGCUCUGACUUUGUUCAUCUUGGUUUUGCUGGAUUUGCAGCUGCGCACCCGGAGUGACCAAAACCCCUUUGCGCCCUUCGCACGCGAACCAACUGCAUCUCUAUCAAGGACCUUGGCUGUAAACCAACACAGAGACGUUGUUCUUGAAAAUCAGAAACAGAAACGUCAGAAAUGGAGGGGGUUGAAGCCGCAACAAUCUUUAAAACUCACUGACAUCUUCAUUGCAGUGAAAACCACCGGCCGGUUCCACAAGACCCGCCUUGCUCUUCUUCUGGAGACCUGGAUCUCUAGGACUAAAGACCACACCUACAUCUUCACAGACAGUCCAGAUGAAGACAUCUCCUCUGAAGGCUUCAAUGUUGUCGUCACUGACUGCUCGCCGGAGCACAGUCAUCAAGCUUUAUCCUGCAAGAUGGCUGCCGAGUAUCACCACUUCAUGGCCUCUGACAAAAAGUGGUUUUGUCAUGUUGAUGAUGAUAAUUACCUGAAUCCUGGAGCCCUUCUUUCUCUCCUGACUGCCUUCCCUAGAGAUGGCGACAUCUAUGUGGGGAAACCAAGCCUGGAUCGACCAAUGAGAGCACAGGAACUGCUGGAAGGGAAUAAGACGAGGGACGUGCGUUUCUGGUUUGCCACAGGAGGGGCUGGUUUCUGUCUGAGCAGGAAGCUGGCAGAGAAGAUGGCACCCUGGGCAAGUGGUCCCAGGUUCGAGCAGACCUCUGCAGCAAUCAUGUUACCUGAUGACUGUACGGUGGGAUUCAUAGUUGAGAGGCGACUGGGCUUCUCAAUGGUCCAUAGCAACAUGUUUCACUCUCAUCUAGAAAACCUACUUCAAAUUUCCCCCAGUGAUAUCCCCAAACAAGUGACUCUAAGCUAUGGAUGGUUUGAGAAUAAAAUGAAUAGUGUUGAACUAAAAGGAGUUUUUACCAAAGAUGAAGAUCCGUCCAGGUUCAGGACAGUCCACUGUCUUCUGUACCCUUCAACAAGUUGGUGUCAUGUAGCUCUCAAAAACGUCUUGUCAUGGAAUCAACAUGGCUUCCAAUGAUACAAUAAUCAUGUAUAAAGUGAGAAUUUUAAUGCAUGAACUUCAUAAGGGCCGAAGAGCCAACAAAAGCCAAAAAAGCACGGUGUUCAAAUGAGGAAACGGAAAACCUCAAUGUUUAACUGAGCCAUUAUUGUUAAGUGUAACUUCUGUCUACUUGCUGCACAUUUUGGUUAUGAAUAUGUUUUUUUUAAACCAUUUACUAUAUAUAAUCAAAAUAUUUCAAAACAGGGUAAUCAUAUUUUUAUUCUAUGAUCAGUUGUAUUCAUAUAUUUGCACUGUACACAUUUUGAUUACUGUAAUAUAUAUUUAUACUGUAUGACAUGAAGCACUUAAGAUAAGUGGAUAUCCACUAAAAAUGUUUUGCAAUACAUUUUACAAUGAUUGUUAAAUACAAUUUGUUACUGUAUAAAGACUAUGAAUUAUUUAUUUUAUAACACGAAUGUGUGCGUCUGUGUGUGUGUGCUGGUGUGUUUGGAGAAAGUGCUCUACAUGAAACAGGUUGGCAUAAUCAUGCACCGCCCCUUUAAGACAGGGCUUUGAGAGAUAGAGGGUAUUUGCCCUUUAAGACAGCCGACCAAUCAAAUGAACCAAGCAAUCAAGCGGCAGUCUGUGAGAACAAGCCGAGAGUUUGGUACACCAAACAAACAAACUAGCACAAUUAAUUCCAGUGUGGAUUAUACAAUACAAAUACUAACCCACAAUAGCAUCUCCCGUGAGUAUGUUUGAUUCUUUUUGUUAUGUCUGCUGGUGGCCGAUUCCCCUGUGAAGUGCUUUGAGCUGAGAAGCCAACUGUUUUAAAAUAUUGUCUAGUACUUGCA